UGCCGUGCAAGGUAACCCGUCCCACGUCGGAUGUGAUAUGGAGGAAUAUAUCGUUGUCUGGGGCAUGCUAGGGCUAUAGUAUAAAAGCACUCUCCUCAUUACAAACAUGAAAUUCAUCUCACUCACAUCUAUGAUCGUGUCUGUUGCGGUAAUGGCUGGCGUAGCCACCGCGUACAACCCUAUCGGCCAGUCUUGCGACACCCCAGGUGGUUAUGGGUGCUCGCAAGACGCGAGUAUUAAUGGCGGAAAUGCGUUCAUUUAUGAAUGUGCAUCGACCGACAAGUUCGUGUACGUUGCAGGCUGUGGCUGCCCUACUUGCUGUGAAGCCACGACCAGUGGUGCGUUCUGCACGUGAAAGUUGUCUGUGGAAUAAUGUACUGUGAUACGUAAAGGAGGUAGUGAAGGAGUGGUCGAUAAAUAUACCGCGUCUGGAACCAAUUGUGCUGUGUGAUGUCGUGAUUCAAGGCGUGAUUUCCGGUGGAAUCAUCCAUCCCGAUUCGUUAUCUCUAAAUGGACGGUCGAGAGGCACGAAAACUUGCGCUUGGGUGUUUACAGGCUGCACUCGAAACGUUCAGGCUUAGAACAGGUCUGGCAAAGAAUGAACGAGCUUUUUCCGUUGCAAGAGUGUCUCACCAUUGCACAUUGGUAGAUAGGAGAAAGAGAUGAUGCUAUGAUGUGAUACAUAAGCACGCUGUCGCGAUGGAGACAUGCAUGUCACUGUGCUUCGUCGAACACCGAGAAAGGAGAAGG